AGGGGUGGGUGGUCGCAGCUCUGUGAGCGCGCGUCGAGGCGCCGCGAGCGCGCAGUGUGCGGCCGAGCGAGCGCGCGCCACCACGCGUACCAGGGCUGCACAGCGCGCGGGAGAUGCACAGGAACCGCAUCGAGAGGAGCGCGUCCAAGCGCUGGCGCGGCUCCGUGCGCCGCCUGGUGGCCGCCGCCGUCUACAACCUGUCGUGCUUCACGCACGGGUGCAGCACGGGCUGGGUGUCGGGCGUGCUGGGCAGCGAGGCGCUGGCGGGCGGCGCGUGGCUGGCGGCGCUGCCGUGCCUCGUGGCGCUGCCCGCCGCGCCCUUCUUCGCCGUGCUGGCGGACGCGCGCGGCCGCAAGGCGGGCGCGCUCUGCGUCUGCGCGUGCUUCCUGGCGAGCUGGGCGCUGGCGUGGUCGGGCGCGCGCGGCGUGUGGGCGGCGCGCGUGGCGGCGGGCGCGGGCGGCGCGGGCGCGCUGGCGCUGGCGCCGCUCUACUGCGCCGAGAUCGCGCCGCGCGCCACGGGCCUGGCCGCCAUGCCGGCGCUGGCCACCAGCUGCGGCAUCGUGUGCGCGUACGCGGCGGGCGGGGCGCUGGGCGCGCGCGCGCUGGCGCUGGCGCUGGCGGCGCCGCCCGCGCUGCUGCUCGUGGCGCUGCUGUGGCUGCCCGAGACGCCCUCCUACCUCAUCAGCGUCGGCCGCAUACAGGACGCAGCUAAAGUAAUGUGCUGGUUCGAGGGCUCGGACUUCCGCGAGGACCUGACAGACGUGAUCGAGCAGCAGGAGGUGAAGAUCCGCACGUCGGAGUGGUGCGGGCGGCGCGAGCUGCGCCGGCGCGAGUCCGACACAUUCACGCCCAUGCUGGCGCGCGCCCCGCCCGCGCAGAGACAGGAGCGCUCCGCCUGCAAGCAGCUCUUCGGGUCGCGGCGGUCGCGGCGCGCGCUGGCGUCGUGCGCGGUGGUGCUGAGCGCGGCGGCGGGCAGCGGCGCCGGCGCCGUCUCCAGCUUCGCGGCCGCCGUGCUGCGCCACUCCGCGCACCCGGUGCCCACGCUCAACCUCACCGCCUACAACUACACCAUGUACAACGGCACUGCUCCUCGCUCGCUGUUCGAGCCGUCGGAAGCCGGCUCCAUACUGUGCGGCGCGGCGCUGGUGCUGGGAGCCGCCGUCGCUACCGUGUCUGUCGACAAACUUGGCAGAAAGAUGCUGUUGCUGUGGUCGUGUUCAGGUAUAACGUGCUGCCUCGCAAUCCUGGGCGCGUACUGCGACCCCAACCUUCGCCUGCACUCCUGGUACUCUCACCGCUUGUGGCCUUACAAACGAACGCACAAUCUGAAGGAGAAGGAUCUGCAACUGACAGACAACUUCACAGAUAAUGUGCAUCCACAAUGGAAAAACUACACCACUGAUGUAACGAGGUACAGGGUAUCCGCGGAGAACGACACUGUGCCCGGCGAGUUCAGCGUGCACAACGUGUCGGACGUGUCGGACGCGUUGGACGUGUCGGACGUGUCGGACGCGUCGGGCGGCAAGCUGUGGACGCCGGUGGCGCUCAUGUCGCUCGUGCUCUUCCUCUACAACAUUGGAUUGGGUUCUGUGCCUUAUGUACUUAUAUCUGAAUUGUUUGCCAUCAACGUGAGAAGCCUCGCAUCCAGUCUGCUGAUAUCGUGGACGUGGCUGAGCAGCUUCCUGCUGCUGCGGUACUACGGCUCGCUCGCCGUGCUGGUGGGGCUGCACGGCACCUACUACAUCUGCGCCUCCGUCACGCUGCUGGGCGCCUUGUACAUCUUCUUCAUCAUUCCCGAGACCAAGGGGAAGGCGCAGGAACAGAUCGAUGAAGACCUCGAUGGACCACUGCUGGUGCUUAGGAGGAGACGGAAGGAUCGCGAUCAGCGAUGACAGAGGUUGCCUAAGAUUUUCACAGUGUUCUCAUUGUUGUAAGCUGCGGUUGUUCAUGAUUCCCUGGUAGGGACUAUAGACUUUGCCAAACGUUAAUUCUCGCUCAAAAUUGACUGUAGCGAUGUAAAACAUAUCGAGAUAAGAGUGUUCUGGGUAACGUAGGAAUAUUAUUAGCAGAUCGAUGAUCGAUACCGUGGCAACCAUUAAACAGUGAAAUAUUUUCUUAUGUAUAAAGUACCUGGAUGUUGACAAAGUUUGCGAGAGUAACAACCGAUUACUGACAUCUCCGAGCUUGUGGCGGUAGUGUUGAGCACGCUGAAAGUGACCACAGCUAUAUUCUAUGGUUUUCUCAAUUGAUCAUAGCAAUAUUUUUGAUAGAUACUUAACACUAGGUAACAGAAAGGUGAAAGAAUCUUGCACUUUUUAGAGUUCACGGAACUAAAUAGUUUGUUCGGAAAUACUUAAAUAUUCCUGUGUGCUGAGGAGGUAUAUUUCUAAAAGGAACAUUUACCACAUUUAGAGCUUAUUGCAGUUCAAGAGUUGUCGUCAUCAGCAGGAGGCUGUGUGAGCGCGCCGCACUCCACUCGCAACACUACAGUUGUGUUUACUGCGCAAUCAGCAUCUAGCUACUGCAAUGAUCCAUGAGUGUGGGAUACAAUCAAAUAGUUACAUUAAGUAUUUUAAAUAGCAUGCAUGUAACAAAGUACAAUCAGCUCACCUUUCUGUUGCACUUUGUAUACAAGCCCCAAAAUUAUACAUUUAGUAAAUAAGUAGCUAAGUGUCUGGGCAUUGUUGUGUGUGCACCAAUCUUAAUGAAGUACCAGGCGCCCAUAAUGAGGGUAGAGGUGUCGCUCAGGAGUGGACACAGAAGCCGCAGCGAUUUGCUGCACCCAUACUGUGCUGCUGCACGAGUACUGUGCCAGCACCAGCAAUGUGUUGUGUGAUGUGGCCUGUCGAUAAGUGAACUAACUCAUACUUAGCCGUUACUGUGACAUACCUGUGUGUUGCUCACACAAAGUCAAUAUAUUGUAAAAUAUCGUGUGAUAAUAUUUUUAGAUUAGUUUGUUUCUGAUAAUAUGUAGUUGUACGGCGCUGUUGGGAAAAUGAGUUGGAAGAAACAAAAGUAUUGAGUUUAUUUUUCAUAAGUUAAUAAUUUUUUUUUUUUUCAUCCCACUAUCUCGGAAAGAGUAGUUUUACCCUUUGAUAUCUGAGCGCAAAAGCCGUUUAUAACUAUUAUUGUCGAUAAAUCCUUAAAAAUAGGGCUAAUCUCACUUUAUUUAAAUGUCAUCAAUGUUUUCAUCAAUCAUCCUCAAUUUAUUUUUUGAACCAAUGAAAUGUAAAGUUGUACCCCAGUGGCCACGCCAUUUGAAAUAUCACUCGCUUCAUGUAGAUGUCGUUCUAUACAUUGAUACAUACAACCGGCACACAACAUAACGAUGCAAAGCUACAAGUUAUGAGGCAACAUAGCUUCGCAAUGUCACGUGUAGUGAUGACUGUUUUAGUUAGUAUAGUGGUAUAACAUCAAAAAAUUACUAUUAACUCAAUUGUAUUAACCCUUUUUGGAUUCCGAACAUUUGACACGAACUGCAUUCACGUUCAUUGUCACUUGUAUUGUGUUGUUACCAUGUGCACAGUGGAAGCACUCGGCCGCAGUAGGAUUACUAUUAGUCUCACGGUGUUACAUUACCUACUUACCUAAUUGUUGAGGUGAGCGCGUGUGUGCUGCGCACUGACGCGCGGCGCACGUGUUGCCGAGCUGACGCGCGCUCACUCGCGCUCACGUGCGGCGGCCGUUUGACAGAGCUCAUUGUUUCAUGCUCGUAUGUACUCGUUUUUGUUCCGAUAUUGAGUGCGCCCAACUAUGUUAAGUGUUGAUACAUGCACAAACAUCUGUACAGAUCCUAUACAUAUACAAUAUACACUACAUUAUUAUGUACUUAUAGCUCAAAGUAUUUAGAUUCAAGUUCAUCGUUGAACAUGAUUUUUAGCCAAAUUUUAUCGAAAAAUAAAAUAUAAAAUAUUUGUGGAAUUGAGUGUUGAUAUUAUAAAACAUUUAUGUACUAAGUUUUGUAUGGGAGAAUUAAUAA